CUAGAAGAAAGAGGAAGUGUUGCGCUAAAGAAGUUUCGAUUACGGACGUGUGGGAAUCCGACUCCAGUCAGACGGCAACCCGUCCACGAGUGAACUUUACUUGCACUCCAACAGGGAUUAUUAGUAUUUCUGCCAAUUCUACCACUUCCAUUGCAACAGACCGGAGGCAGUUUUUCCAAAUAUUUGUAAUGCACACCGCGUUUUUCUGUUUUACUCCAUUCAUUCGUCUGCAGAAAGUUGUUAUAAGUCCAGAGUUGUUUGAAAGCCUACGGGGUUCUGCCUUCUCUGACAGCAGGUUAUGAAUGAAGUUGGUUGUUUAUAGUUUUUUUUUUGUUGUAUUGGCGGAUUAUUGCUAUUGAUCUUUCACUCUCACAUGUCACUCUGACCCGGUCAGCGAUCACCGGUGAUUGUUGUUGAUCACUGCCAAAUCAAAGUGACGCGGACUCAAAGUGAAAGUGACCGCUCAUUCAUUCCAAUGCUUUACAGCAUCGCCUUUUAAAAAGUGUGGGACUUUGAAUCUUCGAGUCUUGAUCAUGCCAGUGAGAAAGAAAGAUGCUCAGAGGGCACUGCAGCUUCUGGAGGAAUACAGAACUAAACUCAGUCAGACUGGAGACCCUCAUCUCAGACUUUCAAUUGAGAGAGUCAUCGACAUAUUUCAGAGUACACUCUUCCAUGCUCUUAUAGAUAUCCAGGAAUUUUAUGAAGUGAGCCUCCAGGAUAAUGAGGAUAAGCCCAUAGAGUCAUCAAGCCUUAAAACCAGAGAACCUUUUCCUCCUGUUAACGAAUGGAAUUUCUCUGGCCCUCCCAGUACCACUGGACCAACAGAAACCAUUCCCAACAUCUGUCCUCAAAGCGAAGAGAAAUAUAGAUAUCAGGAUGAGGAUACCACGUCUCCUCCAGAACACAACUCUCCGCACCUACCAGGGGAUGUGCGUCCUCCUGAGCUGGUCCAGGUGUCGGAGAAGAACAUUUCCCAGAUUGAGAAUGUACACGGCUAUGUUUCUCAUUCGCACAUCUCUCCUAUGAAGGUAGAGUCUCUGGAGUGCGUUUUUGAUGGGUCGUCAACAUUAGGGGGUGAGGAGGUUCCAGCCCCCGCCUUUGCCACACUAUACUCGCAAAGUGACACACUGAUGCAGCAGGCAGAUGUCAUUCCUCCCUCUUCUCCCAUAAUCCCUGUGAUCCCUAUCCCACCCGUCCCAGCCGAGACCACUGCCAUUCCAGCACCCACGUCACAGGCAAGCCCAGCACCGGUGGUGGUGAACACAGAAAGCCUUGACACCUCACCCUAUGUGAAUGGAACAGAAGCUGAUUAUGAAUAUGAAGAAAUUACACUUGAACGGGGGAACUCGGGCCUGGGUUUCAGUAUUGCAGGCGGUACCGAUAACCCCCACAUCGGAGAGGACCCAAGCAUCUUUAUCACCAAGAUCAUCCCAGGUGGAGCUGCCGCACAGGAUGGCAGACUCAGAGUUAAUGACUCUAUACUGCGAGUAAAUGAUGUAGACGUGAGAGACGUAACUCACAGCAAUGCUGUGGAGGCUCUGAAGGAAGCAGGCUGCAUUGUCAGACUGUACGUAAGAAGAAGAAAAGCCGUCUCAGAAAAAGUUAUGGAUGUAAAGCUGGUAAAAGGUCCUAAAGGUCUAGGUUUCAGUAUAGCUGGAGGAGUUGGGAACCAACAUAUUCCUGGGGACAACAGUAUUUAUAUCACCAAAAUCAUUGAGGGAGGUGCUGCCCACAAAGAUGGAAGGCUGCAGAUUGGGGAUAAACUUCUGGCUGUGAAUGCUGCUUGCCUUGAAGACGUCACUCAUGAAGAUGCCGUGACUGCCUUGAAAAACACCCCUGAUGUCGUCUAUUUAAAAGUGGCGAAACCUACUAGUGUCUUUAUGAAUGAUAGUUACGUUCCUCCCGAUGUCACCAGCUCCUAUUCCCAGCACAUGGAGAACCAUAUCAGCACCCAAAGCUAUCUAAGUCAGCCAUUAACCCCCGCUACCCCAUCUCGGUACUCUCCUAUCUCAAAAGGCAUGCUGGGAGAUGAUGAGAUCACAAGGGAGCCCAGGAAAAUAGUCCUGCAUAGGGGGACCACAGGACUGGGCUUCAACAUUGUAGGAGGAGAAGAUGGAGAGGGAAUCUUCAUCUCCUUCAUAUUAGCAGGAGGGCCUGCAGACCUGUGUGGAGAAUUGAGGAAAGGAGACCGUAUCAUUUCUGUAAAUGGGGUGGACCUCCGCAGUGCAACGCAUGAACAGGCGGCUGCAGCACUGAAGAAUGCUGGACAGACUGUCACCAUCGUAGCUCAGUACAGACCUGAAGAGUACAGUCGAUUUGAAGCCAAAAUCCAUGAUCUACGGGAGCAGAUGAUGAACAGCAGUAUUAGUUCAGGCUCUGGCUCCUUGCGGACUAGUCAGAAGAGGACCUUGUAUGUCAGAGCCCUGUUUGAUUAUGACAUAACGAAAGACUCAGGCCUGCCCAGUCAGGGGCUGAACUUCCGUUUCGGCGACAUCCUACACGUCCUGAAUGCCUCGGACGAGGAGUGGUGGCAGGCGCGCCAUGUGACUCCAGAUGGCGAGAUGGAGGAGAUGGGCGUCAUUCCCAGCAAGAAGAGGGUGGAGAGAAAAGAAAGAGCCAGGUUAAAGACGGUCAAAUUCAACUCCAAGUCUCGAGAUAAAGCGCAGUCAUUCAAUGACAAGCGUAAAAAGAACCUCUUUUCGCGAAAAUUCCAUUUCUACAAGAACAAGGACCCCAGCGAACAGGAAACAAGCGAUGUGGACCAGCAUGUAACUUCUAACGCCAGCGAUAGUGAAAGUAGUUACCGUGGGCAGGAAGAUUAUGUCCUCUCUUACGAGACAGUCACCCAACAGGAAGCGAGUUACGCUCGACCUGUGAUUAUCCUUGGACCCAUGAAAGACCGGAUCAACGAUGAUUUAAUCUCAGAGUUUCCUGACAAGUUUGGGUCAUGUGUUCCCCACACGACUAGACCAAAGCGAGACUACGAGGUUGAUGCCAGAGACUAUCAUUUUGUUGUCUCACGGGAGCAAAUGGAAAAAGACAUUCAAGAUCACAAGUUCAUCGAGGCGGGCCAAUAUAACAACCACCUCUAUGGGACAAGCGUGCAGUCAGUGCGAGAGGUUGCAGAAAAGGGCAAACAUUGCAUCCUGGAUGUCUCAGGCAAUGCCAUCAAACGACUCCAGUUAGCACAGCUCUACCCCAUAGCGGUGUUCGUGAAACCAAAAUCAGUGGAGAAUAUUUUAGAGAUGAAUAAAAGAUUGAUGGAGGAGCAAGGCAGGAAGACUUAUGACAGAGCCAUGAAACUGGAGCAGGAAUUCUUAGAACACUUCACCGCCAUUGUACAAGGGGACACAUUAGAAGAGAUCUACAACCAGGUUAAGCAGAUCAUCGAGGAGCAAUCUGGGCCGGUCAUCUGGGUACCCGUCAAAGAGAAGUUAUGAGACGGCUGAAGACAAAUAAACCUUAUUCCUCUUUAAACUUUUUUUGUAAUUUUUUUUUUUUUUCCCCCGUUUUCUUUUUUAUACUAACCUGGCCUGCUGCUGACAUUGGCUUUCUGACCCCUGAGCAUAGGACACAUGUUUUCUUUGGAUGGGCCUGGGGUCAUGGUGGGCUUACAGCCACUUCUCACUCACUCUCUCUCAUGCCUCUCUUUGAAACUGCUGUCUAGAACUCGCAUCUCAAUCUCCGCAUUUCAUCCUCCGGUGGGAGGAGACAUUGCUGAACAGCGACUUACUGGACAGAUUAUACGGUACAGAUUCCUUAAUGUUUAAGGGAGGUGACUUUCUCGAAGGAAAACCAAUGAGUUAAUGCAUUAUAUACAUUUUGGUUUGUCCCCGUCCCCCAAAUAUGAGACAUAAAGCUAAACUUUGCAUGUUUUUUGCAUUAAGAGCAUGUUUUGGAUUAUUCUUUUGAGAUUUAACACUUUUUUUUUUGUCAGACAGAUUUGAACUAUGUGAACUGCUGCCGUCAUAUUACUUUUGUUUUCUCUUGUUUAUUUUGUAAGAUCAAGCAGCCCACUUGCUGUACACAGCUGAUCGGUUUUGUCACAAGUGCACAAAGAGGACAAAAACAUUUGGCACAAAAGUUCUUCUUUUUAUAUUAAAUGUCUAUUUGUCUUAACAAUCUGUGUACAUUUUAAUCAUGGUGCAUAUGGGAGUAGCUUAUAGUUGAGGUGAAGAAAGGAACGACUUAUGGUUAUCUUUCAAAUCCAGGUGAUGACAUAUUCUUACUUCAAGAAACAGCAAUGCAAAUAAGAGAGUAUAAAUUGUAAUGUAUAUUUAAUCCCUCAGUAUACUGCCUAUUUUGUUAUAAUAAAAGUCUAUAUUGAGCUUUAAUUAAACACUAUACCUAUGGGAAUUAUUUUCUUUAUAAUGUCAAACAUACAGUACACUCAUAUAAAUAUGUGUGUAUGUGUGUGUAUAUAUAUAUAUAUAUUUUUUUUUUUUACUUUUACCUCCAUCACGUUUGUUGUUUGGUUUGUUUUUAUGCAAAAACAACACUGAUUCACGGGGCACCUGGUGUUCCAUUUGCAUCUGCUCAAACAAUAUGAAAAACUCAAGUUGGCAGUUUGUAGUCUUCAGCUAUCUCUCCUAUGUAGUUAUGUCAUGUUUACUUUUUCAUGUGACUUGCAUGAUUUCUAAAAGCAAUAGUCUUUGACGCAUUAAAUAUGAUUGAGAAGCGGAGGAGAGGGCUUCUCUUUCUGUUUUCACCUGGGAUUGUGAAAAUGUCAGAGUUAGCAUGAGCUGAUACGUUAGAGGCUAAGAGAUUCUUGCCUCUCUGUAUGUGAACUUGUCGAUUACCCAUAGCUGAAGAGAGAUUUGCUCUGCCACUCUCUAACACAAGCCUUUAACUCUCCACCAGGGGCCACACUGACAGCAUCCCCUUUUCAUUAUUAAGUUACUCGGAGAUGAUUGUUUUCUAAAAGAUUGCUUCUCUAACUUGUCUUCACGGCUUUCUAACACACUUUUAUGACUAGAUUAUGUACAUAAUCUGCCAACUUGAUUCAUUCCAUUUGUCAAAGAGGAGAACAGCUAAUAAAAACUUUUUUCUCAUACA